AUGUUGGAUACAAUUAUAUAUUAUUACUUCGUUAUUCAUAUUCCAAUUACUAUCUUCAUCGAUUCUUCAAUUAUCAUUCCGUAUAAUUAUCAAUUAUCAUUCACUAGAGAAAUAUUAAAAUUUCAUAUAAACUUAAAUAAUGAUUUUUUAUUAGAUUAUUCACCAAAUUGGUUUAAAAUAUUUGGUACAUUUGAAUUAUUUGGUCAAUUACCAUUAUUUAUAUAUUUUAUAUAUAACUACAGAAAACAAGAUAUUAAUUAUUUAUUAUGGUUAUUAAUUUAUGGAUUUGAAGCUAGUUUUACUACCUUUGUAUGUCUUAUUUGGAUUUAUUUAGAGCAUGAAAAUUAUUAUACAACUUAUAAUCAAGCUAUUAAUUUAAUAUUAAUAUAUUGUCCAUAUUUAAUAAUACCUAGUUUAAUUAUGAUUCAAUCAAUUUAUAAGAUUAAAAAAUUAACUAAGAAAGUUAGUGCACCAUCGCAGUUGAAAAAAAAAAAUAUAUAAAUGGAAUGAAUGUAUUAUCAACGAUUAUCAAAUUUAGAAAAACCUUUGUAUAAAUUAAUUAAACGUAUUAAAUAUGAACAAAAUAUAAAUUCAGGUCCAUUAUUAAAAUGUAUUGAUUUAUUAAUUGGUAAACAUGAAUCAUUUUUAAUUGAAAAAUUUAAUCUCACGGUAAGUGAUAAAUAUUUAUUAAAACAACAAAUUUGGGAUAAUUUAAAGAAAACUAAACAUGAUAAAGAUUUAAACAAAAGACGACGAUUAAUGUCUAAGAAUCAAGGAUAUUUAUAUACUCCAGAAUAUAAUAAUUUUAUAAAAAAUUUAUAUCCAUUAAAAGUUAAUCAUUUAAUUAAUUUCGAUUUAAAUUUUCAUAAAUAUAAUAAUGUAAAACAUGUUAAUUUAUUUAAAUCAUUUCGUGAAUUACCUUUAAAACCAGUAUCUACAUAUCUUGAAUUUGAAAUAUUUAAUGAAUUUACUACAAAAUAUUUUCAAGGUUUUAAUAAAAUUAAAAUUGAUAAAUCAAUGGUUAGAUAUAAAUUAUCACAGGGACAAAAUAUCACAUCAUACAUUAAAUCUAAACUAAACAAGAGGAAUGAAUUUUAUAAAUCUUGUGUUUAUAUAAUCAAUGAUUUAAAAAAUUCAAAUUUGGAAAUUACACAAGAUGAACAAUUAAAAUUAAUAUAUAUGAAUUAUUUCAAAGAUAGACAAGAUUUAAUUGAAUUAUUUCCUAAUGAUAUACCAUAUCCUAUUUUUAAUUAUAAAAAUUAUCAAGAAAUUAUGUCUCAUUUUGGUGAAAGAAAUGAUUUAUUAGGAAUUUUAUUAUUUUUAGCUACUAGACAUGAUAAAAUUGAUAUUAUCAAAGAUAUACUAAAGAAGACAAAUAUGAAUAUAAUUGAACUGACAAAUGGUGAUUGUUUACUUACUGACAUGUCAUUAAAUCAUUUAAUUUAUUAUUUUACAUAUUAUAUCAAUAGAGAAAACUAUAAUUUAUAUUUAUCAAAUACGAUAAAUUACAUCACUGAUAACUUAAUAUUAACGAAUCAAAUAAUAGACACAAUUAUAAAAGCAUUAUUGGAUCUUAAAUUGUAUAAUCAUGCAGAAAUAUUAUUUCAAGAAUCAUUUGGAAAUGAAAAGGAUAUCAUUAGUUAUUUAAACAUAUAUAAACGACUCAAAAUAUUAACUCGUGAUGAUGAAAUUAUAUUUAAAUUGUCUCCUUCAAUCACCACAUUUGAAAAUUUCAUAGUUGCAUAUUCAGAAAUUGGUAAUUUUGAUAAGAGUUUUCAUUUUUUCCAAAUCAUGACAGAAUAUAACUUUCAAACUAAUUUAAAGAUUUACGAUACGAUAAUUACGGGGUUUAUAAAUUGUGAAUCAUGGGAGUUUGAGAAUUUGAGUAUGAUUAUUAAUAAAAUGGUACAAGAUAUAGAUAAACAAGAAUUAGAAAUUGAUGAAGGUGAUGUUGAUGAUUUAAUUAAUGUUACUGAUUCAUUAAUUAAUAAAACGUUUUUAGCACUUGAUUUGAGAGUCACUGAUUUUGAACAAGCUAGAAAAUUGAGAGAAUUAAAAGUUAAAUUUGAUCAAUUCAAAAGUAAACAUGAGUAUAAUUUUGACCAAAUGAAUUAUUUAAAUAAGGGUAUUCUAGAUGAUAUUAUCAAAAUUAUAUAG